AUGAACGAGCCAUUCAACCCCCCCACGAAUGUAAACGCAACCGCCGUCCCUAAAGGCGCUGGCCCUUCGCUCUUGGCCUGCCUGACUUGCCGACACAAACACCUGAAGUGCGAUGGCAAGACCCCCAUCUGCGGCCGUUGCCUGGCCACCAGCUCUGAAUGCCAAUACACCCCUUCUCGUCGCGGUUAUAAGGGUCCCUCGAAGAAACGCCGCGCCAACCCGUCCUCCCCCGACCAGCUGGCUGCAGACCUCGCCUUCGACCCCCAAAACGUUGGCUUGAUCAACGUCCCUACCGACUGGAGUCUCCAGGCCAGCUUACAAUACAUGCCGCCGCCUCCUACGACCCUGCCUUCGACCUCCUCCGGCAGCCCUCUGUUAACCACCAUCACCUCCGAAUCGUCGCAACCUGCCCGAUUAGACCCUCUCACGCCCGACUCGUCAUCCGCCAUUGGCAAUGAUGGCUACCUCAUCGAUAUCUAUUACACCUUCUUCCAUCCUUCACACCCAAUCCUUCCGCCUCUGCGUCUGUUCCAGAAAUUCUACAUCCCGCCCUUCCUCGAGCAUGUGAUCAAGUUCGUCGGCUCUCAUUUUACCCAGGCCACCUCCAGUGAGCCGUAUCGACCUACUGUGAAGACGUCGGUCAUGGAACAAGACGGCACCAUCGAAAAGUUGCAGGCGCUGGUGAUCCUGGCUAUCGUGCUUCAUUCGCGCAAUGAACGAGGCGAGGCCGGAGAAUGUCUCGCCAUGGCGGUUGACCUCGCCUUUGAGCUGGGAUUGCACACCGAAAGCUAUGCGGCCAGAAUGGGCGAAGGGGAUCCGGUCCGGGAGGAGAGCUUGAGACGGACGUGGUGGGAGCUGUUCAUCAUCGAGGGCAUGCUGACCGCCCUGGGCGUCCAGCAGACCUUCCGCACGAGCCUAGUGCCCCCGGAGGUGCCGCUGCCCUGUGAGGAGCGCAUCUACCAAGAUGGUUUGACCCCGCCCCCGCCGCCGACAAUCGCGCAGUUCGACGACCGGGUCUUCGCUGACGAGGAGCGGGACUUCUCGUCCUUCACCUACCGUCUGGAGGCCGUCCGCAUUCUCGGCCGGGUGGUGGCCAUCCAAGAUAUGGUCGAGGGCCAGCAGGACCACGUCGAAGCCAUCGACGCACGCAUCACCAGUUGGUUCCACCACCUGCCCGAAACCAAGGCCGAACUGCUGCGGUCGGACGGCACGGUCGACGAGAUGAUGUUCCAGGCGAUGAUGAUCGUCAACGGCGCCGCCAUCUACCUCCACUUCCCGCGCUCCGACCUGCUCUCGUCGCCCGCCGUCGCCGCGGAGGUCAUCUGCGGCCACACCGGGCCGUGCAGUAUCCCAGCCUUCUCGCACCACGCGCACGCCAUGAAGGCCGUCAAGGCCUCCAGCGAAAUCUCCUCCCUGGCGUCGAUCCGCAUGCCCGUCUUCAAGCAUACCCCAUUCUUCAUCUGUGCCCUUGUCAUGAGCUCCAUCGUGCAGCUGGCUGCCUGCUCCGUCAAGGCCGGACAGAUGCCCGACCCCAGUCGGGACCGACUUACGCUGACCAUUGGCGUUUUCAAAACGCUCGGCCGCACCUGGGCCAUCUCGCAGACCAUCAUGCGGCAGAUCAAGGCUGUGGCUCGCGACGUCAUGGAUCUCGGCUUACGUCCGACUAUCGACCAGAUCGACUUGACGACUGUUCUUGACAAUAACGGUCGAUUCUGGAUGUCUUAG